AUGUCUGUGGACUUUCCACUGUCACCGCCUCCCCCACCUCCUCCGCUCCCACCUCCAGCAGGUCCUUGUUCACCUCCCCCAACCUCAGCACCAAAGAAGAAGUUGUACCAGACCAUAGCCAGCAGCAGGAGUCCCGUGGAGGGGGAUUACACGGAGGCGUGCACGCUGAUCAGCCGCAGGGAAAGCAGUUUCAGGAAGGACCUGCAGUGGAUACUGGCUAACAAAUAUGUGCCUUCUCUCAUCCAAAAUGGUCCACAGUGUGGUUUGGUGGCUUUGUGGAUGGCUGCUCAGCUCCAGCGGCCGGAGCCGAGCGUGGACAUGGAGGCUGUCGUUGACACGGCAACAAGCAGGGGAUACACCGCUCAGGGAGAAAUGUUUUCAGCCAGUAACAUGGCCCUGCUGGCAGAAGAGGUGUGUGGCUGUAAGGCUGAACUGUUGUCAGGAGGACUGACCGGUGAGAAUGGCACGACCAUGGUUGGUCACCUGUGGGGAGGACAGCCGGUUCUCAUCCCGUAUCCUGCACCUCUGCAAAUCGGUCAGAAGGAGGCGCUGCGAGGGAACAGACUGUGUUUGGAGAUGACUUAUAUUGUGCUACCCUUCCUUGACGACACCAUCAGGUAUGAUGAGGAUUGCAACCAUGAGCCGUGUCAGCGUGGUGGACACAGAGCGCACUGGGCCGUAGCUUCAGGUGUCCUCCUGGGUUUGGACCCGGGCAGCGUGAGCCCCGAGCACGCUCAGCCCGAUGCCACUCUGCCCUGGCUCUGCCUCGCCCCCGACGGCUGCCCUCCACCCCCCAUCGGCAGCACCGCGGUCCGAGAGGUCUACAUCCUGGCAAAGCAGGGCAAAAGCCUCCGCUAUCAGCUGUGGAGUCUGGACGCCGUCGCCCAGAGCAACGAGCAGCUCAGGACGAUGGACCCUCAGAGAGCCAAUGAUGGGACUCGCUAUGUGGUUCCCGAAGGAGGGAUGGAGGCGGGGCUGGCCGGACAGGUGGUGCUGCUCCACACCAGGACGCUGACGCGGCAGGAGGACUGA